GCGUACUGAAUUACCACCUCAGCAACACUAUGAUAUUCAUACAUAAUUGACUUCUAAUUCUCCACUUAUUUUUCAGGUUAUUGGUAAUAUCCUGCGAUGACUACAGACAAAAAUCUGAAAGAAAUCCUUCUAGAUAUACUGGACAAUCUCUCAGGGGAAAAGGAAGGAGAUCUUGAAAGAUUUAAAUUCAGCUUAGAAAAUGCUGACUAUGAAAAAAAAGCACCAAUCCCCAAAGGUCGGCUGCAGGAAGCUGACACUCGGAUGAAACUUGUAGACCUCUUGUGUGAAUACUACAAGGAACAUGAUGCAGUGAAUGUAGCUAUAUCGGUCCUUGAAAAGAUCAAUCUCAGAGAUUCUGCUGCUAAACUCAAGGAGGCAAGAAAGAAAGCUUUGGGUCCUCAGCAAACACCUGAAACAUCAGCAAAUGCUUACAGAGUGAAGUACAGACAACAUGUACGAAACAAAUACACCACAAUAAAAGACAUGAACUCUCGUCUUGGUGAGAAUGUGAAGCUAAACAGCAGAUACACAAAGCUCAUCAUUGUAAAUGAACAUCGUCACAAAAAGCAGAGAGAACAUGAAAUAAUGGCCUUGGGACGGAGACAUGCAGAAAUCAUGGCUGAGUGCGCUAGUCCUAUCACCAUAGCCAAUUUAUUUGACUCUGAUAAAGAUGGACAGUCACCACAAAUUGUUGUGCUCCAGGGAGCUGCAGGGAUUGGAAAAACACUGACAGCAAGAAAGAUCAUGUUGGACUGGGCAAAUGAGGAACUGUAUCAGAGCAGGUUUGAUUAUGUUUUCUACAUAAAUUGCAGGGAAAUAAACUUGGUCUGUGAGCAGGGAAAUGUUGAAGAUUUUAUUUUAAAGAAUUGUCCUGAUCAAAAUGCACCAACUAUGCAUGAACUCCUGUUCAUAAUUGAUGGUUUUGAUGAACUGAGAUUUUCCUUUAAUCAACCAACAAGUAAUCUGUGCUCGGAUCCUUGUAAGAAGCAGCCAGUGGAAAUCAUACUGAGCAGUUUAUUCAGGAAAGAAGUGCUUCACAAAUUGUACUUAAUAAUUACUACAAGACCAACUGCCCUGGAGAAACUUGGGCAGUCUCUGAAAGAUGAAUGUUGUGCAUAUGCAGAGAUCUUGGGAUUUUCUGAAAAUGAGAGACAAGAAUAUUUCUACAAGUUCUUUGGGAAUGAAGAACAAGCAAGAAGAGCCUUUAACUUUGUAAAAGACAAUGAAAUGCUGUUCACCAUGUGCUUUGUCCCCAUUGCGUGUUGGAUCAUCUGCACAGUUCUGAAACAACAGAUGGAAGCAGGUGAAGAUCUUGCACAAACUUCCGAUACAAUCACUGGCAUCUACAUGCUCUAUCUCUUCAGUUUAUUAGAGGGUCACAGCAGCAAUUCAGAGAAACAACAGGUACAAGAUAACUUGAAGGGACUUUGCUCUUUGGCUGCAGAUGGACUAUGGAGGCAGAAAAUACUGUUUGAAGAAGAAGAUGUCAAGAGACAUGGCUUAGAUAAACCUGAUUCCCUCUUUCUGAAUGAGAACAUGUUUCAAAAAGGCAUUGUCUGUGAACGUGUUUACAGCUUCAUUCACCUGAGUUUUCAAGAGUUUUUUGCAGCUUUGUUUUAUGUGUUGGAGAAAGAAGAAACAGCAAAAAAAUCAGAAACUGCUAUACAACCUGUGGAAAAAUUGUUUGAAAAGUGUGGAAAAUCUAGGAAUUAUUUAAUGUUAACAGUGCAAUUCCUGUUUGGUCUCUUAAAUAAAAAGAGAAUGGAGGAGAUGGAGAAAAAUCUUAGCUGCAAAUUUUCAUCCAAAAUUAAAAAUAAUUUACUAAUGUGGGUUAAAGAAAAACCCUUUUUGUCAUUGUUCAACUAUGAUAAAUUGCUUUCUGAUAAGGAGGAGAUAAUUUUCUAUCUGGAUUAUUUUUACUGUUUGCAUGAAAUUCAAGAAACCAAAUUUGUGCAGAGUGCAAUGAAUCAUUUCACGGAGCUAAAAUUUACUCAUCAUACCUUUACCAAAAUGGAUCAAAUUGUUCUUCAAUUCUGUAUAAAGAAUUGCUGUAAUCUGAAGUCAGUUUACAUAGAGAAGUGUAGGUUUCUAACUGAAGACCCGAAUGAAGAUUCUGCAGGACUAUGCAAGUGGCCACUUCGCUUGGAGUGGGGUCAUCUCACAGACGCUGGGUGCGGGACUCUCGCCGCUAUUCUCAGAACCAGCCAGAGCCUGACAGAGCUGAAACUGCCUGAUAAUAAACUGGGAGAUGCUGGAGUGCGGCUGCUGUGUGAGGGACUGAAACACCCGAACUGCAAACUGCAGACACUGGACUUGUGGAAAUGUCGUCUCACAGACGCUGCCUGCGGGGAUCUUGCCGCUGUUCUCAGAACCAUCCAGAGUCUGACAGACCUCAACCUGGGUGGUAAUAAACUGGGAGAUGCCGGUGUGAAGCUGCUGUGCGAGGGACUGAAACACCCGAACUGCAAACUGCAGAGACUCUUAAUGUGGAGCUGCGGUGUCACAGACGCUGCCUGUGGGGAUCUUGCUGCUGUUUUCAGAACCAGCCAGAGCCUGACAGAGCUGGACCUGGGUGCUCAUUAUUCUCUGGGAGAUGCCGGAGUGCAGCUGCUGUGCGAGGGACUGAAACACCCGAACUGCAAACUGGAGAGUCUGAAGUAA